UACUACAUUUCAGUUUUGUUCAAAUGACUGUCGGGACCAGAGUACCAUCACUCUGUCAUGAUGUGACUGUACCGGGAGUAAAUACUGUACAGCUUUUAUUAACACGUCAACGUACAGUGUCUUAAUGUGAAACUAAAUAUAACUGAAGAAGACAGCUACUCCCAGGGCUAACAUUAUCGUAAGCUAUUCUGUCAGACUCGACGACGAAGGAAACAACCAAGUGUUCUUUUAUGUCACACGGACGAAAUCAGUGCUCACUGGAGAAACGUCAGUGUCUUUCAAGAGGAGAGAAAUGUGUCUUAUGGACUCGGGCGUCUCGUCGAAGAAGACAUAUCAUAAGGACUAACAUCCUCAGAUUAACAGCAGUAAUGUGUUGACAUUCGCGUUGCAUCCUUAAGAUUUUUUUUAUGCUAACACUGACUGUAGGCUCGCGGAUGUUAGCUAGCUUUAUAUGUCGCUACAACUUGUAUUUUAGAUAGAUGACGCUUACAUUGCCCAGCAUCACCAAACAAGGUAACGUUAUUGACAUGUUAUUGUGAACAUGUUUGUAGAGACCUGCUAUGGGCAGCAGCUAUGACGCUAGGUGUAGCCCCAGGGUUAUGUCACUGUCAGGCUAACAGAUAGCUCGGUGUCUGCAGCUACUUUCAGUCUUUGCAUGGUCAUGUCCAACUGGGUUGGCAUCAUGUAAGUUAACGUUAAACUGUCCCACUGAACAGGUUAGGUGACUAGGGACACAGUGUGUUAGUGAGCCUGCUUGGAGAGUAAUGCAAAGCUGGAUUGCAGCUAUCCAACUGGGUCAAACACUGACAGCUGGCACUGAUACAGUUUAGCUCAGGAUUGUUGUUAGCCAUGCUCACAACCGUCUGUUCAGUGUGAUAUUACAAACAUCUCAACUUAUUUAGAGGUUACGUGAAUGCAUCAUAUCCUGACUGCAUCUCUUAUUUAUGCAAUAAGGGACACCAGAGCAGCCUGACAUGAAAUAAAUCCGUAGUGCAAGAAGCAACAUUGCCAGGACUGAGAGCAUCAUUUGCUCUAGGAUAAUUUUCUGAAGAGGAGAGCAACAUUUACAGCUAUCCACCAGUGCCCAGUAUCAACCCGACCAUCAGUCCAUCACAAUGGAAACUGUGGGAGAUUUUGAGUACAGCAGAAAAGACUUGGUUGGACACGGAGCCUUUGCUGUGGUGUUUAAAGGAAGACACAGGAAGAAGACAGAUUGGGAGGUGGCGAUCAAGAGCAUUAAUAAGAAGAACCUGUCCAAGUCCCAGAUCCUUCUUGGCAAGGAAAUCAAAAUCCUUAAGGAGCUGCAGCAUGAAAACAUUGUGGCACUUUACGAUGUCCAGGAAACACCCAACUCUGUUUUCCUGGUCAUGGAGUACUGUAAUGGAGGUGAUCUCGCUGACUACCUGCAAGAAAGAAACGGACCCAUCCUCCAAGUAGGACAAGAUUGUUUCUGUUUAUUCCACCCCGGUGAGUGUGAUUCCUCUUUUUUCUCAACAUUUUUCAUUUUUGGCAAUGCAUUGUUUUUUCCCAGAGCCUAUACAUUUUUCAGCCAUCCUUUCCUGGAGCCUUCAUCUACCAUUAAAAAAUCGUGUCCAGUGCCAGUCCCCAGUGCCUCCAGCGCAGUGACUGACAGCUCCUGUGGCAGCUCCCCAUGCAUCCGAUACAACUCCCCUCCUUCUCUUCCAGACAUGCAGACACUAGCAGAAGAUGGUCUGUCAUCCCCUCCACUCGGUUCGCCUAACUUCCUGCAGCUGUCUAAAGAGUCUGCAGGAAGCACCAGCAGUAAGAACUCGUCCUGUGACACUGACGACUUUGUCCUGGUGCCUCACAUCUCUACUGACAGUUAUGAACAGCCAAUGGGAGCGUGCCGCCGGCUAUCCAGUGAGUUCCUCAUGUGUGGAGGGCAGCUGCAGCCUAUCCCCGGACAGACCCCGAUGGUAUCCCCACGGGCUGAGACCACCCCAAUCCCUGUUCCUACCCAGAUCCGUAACUACCAGCGCAUCAAGCAAAAUCUGUCUAGCAGCCCGACAACCACGCUGUACAGCUCCCCCAGGUCUGCCACUGUGAGGCGCUCCAACACUAGUCCUAUGGGGUUUCCCAAGGUGGGCUCGGGGUCCCCCAGCUCUGCAGAUAUCCCUCAGCCAGUAGGCAGACGUCUCUCCACUGGCAGCUCCCGUCCCUACUCCCCUUCACCUCUUGUGGGCACUAUCCCUGAGCAGCUGGGUCACUGCUGCUGUCACCUGCAGAACCAUGAGCCUCGCAGCCGCAGCUCCUCGGGAGGUUCCCCUGUCCCAUCCUCUCAACUCCUGGGGGCUCGGCUUCAGAGUGCCCCCACCCUGACUGAGGUCUACCAGACCAGGCAGAAACUCCAUAAGCAGUUGUCAGACCCUGUUCAGCCCUCCUCCUCCUCCUCCUCCUCCUCCUGCAGUCAUUCCCCUCAGCUCGGGCGGCCAGUAAACCUUGGCUCCUCCCCCACCAAGCUCCUGGGCUCCUCCCCCCGCACAUCUGACUGGCUGCAGAAGUCCCCACUGCCCACCAUCAUUGGCUCCCCGACAAAGGCCAUUUCGGCGCCAUUCAAGAUCCCUAAAACACAGGCGUCCUGUAACCUGAUGGCACUGGCUGAUAGCCCUGUGCCAACCAAGACAUUGGCAGAUGCCCGGGAUAUCUGUGCCCACCACUGCAGCCCAUACCUCACCGGACGCCCAGCUGCCCCUGAGGCCAGCAGGACCUUCGGCAGGUCUGUUAGUACAGGUCGUCUAUCUGAGCAGCCAAUCAGAAUCACUCUGGGUGGACAGGCCUAUCAGGGCAGCACUGACAGCUUGAAUGCAGAGCGACCCAUGGACACAGCCCCUGCAGGUCCCAGUGGCCAUGUUCCCGGUGGGUCAGCAAGUCCCCGUACAGUCCUUUUCACUGUGGGUUCACCACCAAACAGCAGCACUCCUCCUACGUGCAGCCAUCUGGGCACACGACCACGCACCACCUCAGUGGGAUCCAACAGUUCAGCUGGCUCCCUGUGUUCCACUAGUGGCCGGGUCUAUGUCGGUUCUCCUCCAGGCAUGGCCAUGGGCUCCUCUCCUCCAGGAGGUUUUGGGGGCGGGCAGGCUGUCCCCGGGACUGAGGGGGCACCCAGCAGCCUGCGCUAUGUUCCCUAUGGUACCUCCCCUCCCAGCUUGGAGGGAUUCAUCACAUUUGAAGCCCCUGAGCUGCCUGAGGAGACCCUCAUGGAGCGGGAGCAUACAGACACCCUGAUGCACCUAAGGAUGAUACUUUCAUUCACUGACUGUGUACUGGAGAUGGCAGCAGUGCGAGCUGGAGGGACGGAGCUUGGUGUGUCGGCCGCUUCCCUCUACCCUCCACAGGACAGUGUGGUUGUGGACCAGAUCAGCCAGCUCAGCAAAGAGUGGGGGCAGGUGGAGCAGUUGGUGCUCUAUAUGAAGGCAGCUCAGCUCCUGGCUUCCUCCCUCCAUCUGGCUAAGGCUCAGAUUAAAUCAGCCAAGCUCAAUCCUUCCACUGCUGUCAAACAGGUGGUGAAGGGUCUGAAUGAGCGCUACAAAAGCUGCAUCUCCCUCUGUCGGCAGUUGACUGACAAACUCAACCACUUCUUCUCCGAUAAGCAGCGUUUUGUGGACGAAAUCAACAGCGUCACUGCAGAGAAGCUCAUCUAUAAUUACGCUGUGGAGAUGGUUCAGUCAGCAGCUCUGGAUGAGAUGUUCAAGCAAACAGAAGAUAUAGCGUACCGCUACAGCAAGGCUGCAAUGCUGCUGGACGGCCUGUCCAAGAUCCUUCAGGACCCCACUGACAUUGAGAAUGUGGUCAAGUACAAAGCCAGCGUGGACCGCAGGAUCUCAGCCCUCUGCUACUGCACUGUCACACUCUACGAGUAGUAGCCCUCACACAAACGCACAUGCACACACACAGGGACCACAUCCUAAAACUAUUGACUUGCAUUCACAUAAAGCUGCUGUUCUCUCCUGUAGCAGUUGAAGCACUUUUCAGCACCUUGAUAGGUUUCAUCUGUAUUUAUCAUCAUACCAGUGCAUCAUGGACUGAACUGUGACAAGCAACUGAUGCACAAAUUUACAACCAAAGAUGACAAUGGAUGCAGAAACAAAAGGCUGAAACCGGAUGUGAACAUAAUGCAUGCACUUUCAAGUGCAUUUUUUUUUCUUAUGCUAUGAUGGAGGAAAACCAUUUGAUCAACAUUAAUAAAAACUAAAGUCCAUCUUUAAGGAUAUCAGUUGUUUUUUACCAGAAGAGAAAGAGGAUGGACAGGACUAUGAGACAGUGUUGUGGGCUUCAAGAGACUCCUCAUGAAGCACUUCAUGUUUUAUUUUUUUUUUUAAUUCUGCUUAUUCUGUAAUAUCAGUGGUAAUUUACUCUAUGUUUGAGUUGUUGUUAUUUAUUGGUUCAGAAGAACAUGGAUGUUUGAUUUUCCUGCCUAUCUUGAACCUCAAGUAUUGGUGUGGAAGGAAAUGGAAGAAUUAGCAAAAGGCUUAUGGCCGAUCACUGUAACAGAUUCACCAACAUGGAUUUUUACAUGAAACAAACUCUUGUUACAGAAAUUAGACAUGUAAGCAGUGGAACACGUAGUUUUGUAACUGCUUUGUUUUUAUGUUUCUUGUGUUAGCUCAAGCACUUUAUUGUAGAUUGAGAGGAUGAGAUGUUUAUCUGUACAAGUUCUGAAGAUAAAAAUGUGAAGGCAGGGGAGGGGUUUUCUGAUCACUCCCGCUCCCACCGUUAAAACUGAUCUGCUCUGUAUGCACAAUAAACUCAUCUACAGAAUGCAUACAUUUCCCACCAGGGAAACUUGGGUGGAAAACAGUGCUGUUGGCCAAGACCUAUUGGCUGCAGCUCAGGUUUUUGGGGCCUAGUUUGUGUUGUUAGCUGAUUUAAAUUCCUAUAUAUAAAUAGGCAUGUCACCAAUUUUACACACAAAAAUCAGUUAAUUUGUCACAAGAAGCACUCUUCAGCCUGUGAAUUGUAAAAAAAAUUGCCCGUUUCCCACUGAACAAAACCCCCAAAACACCUGCUUACACCUGGCUUAUAUAUGUGAUGGGAAAGGUUACAAUCGGCAUUCAUACCCACGUCAAAUGACUGUGGCUCCAAUUGGCAGUAAUGGAAAUGCAACACCCAGGUGAACACACUAAUUUUAGCUACCUUUACCAGCGAGAUGCACUGACGCACAACUACAAAAUACCAUCCAUUUCUGCCCAAGCAGCGCUACAACAAGUGAGUCUGCACUGAGUUUGAAAGAGAGACUGAAUAAGUAGGAAAAGAAGUAACCACCGUAUCAGUUUCACAGGCCUCCAUGCUGCUUUCUGCUGUUUAUUAACCUGUCUUCUGGCCAGCUGUAACAUCAGACGUGACACACCAGUGACAAACAAACUAAAAGAAAAACACGCAGAAAGGCAUACUUGUCUGCAGCAGAGCAGUGUACACAACACUGUUCUACUGGCAAUGGGGAAGACAUCAAUACACUAUUUUAAGUGGGUUUUCCUGAGAUUUUGACCUAGAUGAUGUCAUGAGAGUUAUCUUUACUGGGCCUGGAGACUCCAGCUUUUUUAACAGAUAAUGUAAAAGUAUAAAGUGUUGUAAACUGGUGGUGUGGAGUUGGAAAUGGAGGCAUUACCAAGCAAGGAGGGUCUAAUGGCAGAUGGUAUUGGGUUGCAUUAUAGGAUAUAUAGGAUACUUAGGGAUCUUGACCCAUAUUAGUUGUUCUCCAACUUAAUGGAAGAGUAAUGCUAAAUCAGUUAAAAUAUCCCUUUAACUCCAGAUACAGUAAAUAUGUCUGACAUAAGGAAAAGUGGGCUACAAUUUGAAUGCAGCAUUUUAAGGUUUCCCUGUUCUUUACUAUUCAAACCAACAUCAUUCUUUAAAAUACUGUAGUUUGAUAAAUGACGUAUACAUACAGGGCUGAGGAGCUUUGAUUACCUUUUAUUAUUUUUACCACUUUAAACCCUGAUGGUCAUAUUACUUGACAAGUUACCAUAAUAAGUUUCAUUUUACUAUAAUACUACAGCUUUUUAUGUUCUGUCAGCAUCUGUAGCUCAUUUUUUAACAAAACUUGAUGUUUGCAAACUUGUAUAUAUUUGUAUGUGGUGCAUGUGAUGAUUCCUUUCCCCUCUUUUUGGGAGGGAGGUGCGUGCAUGUGAGAUCACAGUUUGAGUUUUGAGGGCAUUGAUGCUAGCAUCAGAUGGCCUGCUUGUCAGUGAAAGAGCACAAAUCUUUAUAUGUACAUAGUUGAAUUUGAUACAUUUUAUUCAUGUAUGCCAAGGGUUUGAUAAAGAAACCUCUUUUGGCACAACAGGGGUGUGCCAAAGAAUAAAGCAAAACUUGUGGCAGCUCCAAAACUUUCCAGAGAACUCUUUCUACCAGGAUUGUUCAUUAUUAGGACCAAGACUCAUAUUUCUUCAGUGGGUCUUAUGAAAUAUUCUGAAAUGAGUGUGAUGUCUUUAGAUUUCAUACUUGUUUUCCAAAAUGUUUUGAUUUGUCACAAUCUGCACUGCCCAACAUCCACUCUGUCCCUUCUGCCUCCCCUCAAUCGUCUGCUGUGCUCCCAACAGUGUAUGUACUGUAUGUAUGAGUGUAUAUAAACACACAUGCACUUGCCAGGUGUGCAUUACGGCCAGUAGUAUACAGUUAACGUUGGAAAAGGAGAUGCCUUCUUGUGAAAGCACACAAAGGCGUACUCCUCUGUACAGGUGUGAAUACAUUAUUUUUCUGUGUAAAAAUGUGUAUAAAUGCAUUCACAGGCACCCAGUGGUCUCUGGGCCUGUUUCUGUAAUGUAUUGUUUUUUUGUUUUGUUUUUUAAACAUAUUGGGUUUCUGUUUCUCUCGUCCUUGUCAUGAGCACUCUGAACCACACAAGCCUUUUACCAUUACCAGAGUGCAGAGUGACAAAUAAAGCUGAUGGAAACCCACCUGAGUUUUGCUCUCAACUAUUUUGUCCAUGGACUGUGUUUAGAUGAAGCAUGGGUACAAAGUCUGCAUUUUUACCCCGUAGAACCUCUAGAAUCUUGAAUGUAUGUACCGUUGUUUUGCGCCUCCCCAGCUUGAUCUGAAUGCAUUCUGAAAAAAUCUGCUGUCAGACUCAUGACCCAGAAAAUGCAAUCCUUUCCAAGCACCACUUUUUCAAAGAGAAAUGUCAAUGUUAUACUUGUGCCCCUCAACAAGGGUGUCUGUCUUUGUUAAUAAAAACAAACAAAAAUGAAA